AUGUCGCUCUAUGAUAACAGCCAGUUUCGUGGGGUCUGCCCUGGGGAUGCGACAGCAGAGAGGCAGAAGAGCUUGAGCUGCGAACGAGUAGGGACCCUGGGAACCUGGUUUCUAGCAGACAGGCUUACACAAGAAUGGAUCAGCGGCUCUGGUCCACAGCUUCUCUGGGCUUACGGACCGGCUGCAACGGGAAAGACAUAUAUCAGCUCCCUUGUUGUCGAUCAUAUCUGCUCAAAGGACGGCCGGGUGGGGGUCGUGGUAUACUAUUUUGAUGACAGCCAUCCGCAAUAUAACGGGGCGGACUUUGGCGUCGCAUAUCCUUCGCUAUCCAGACAGCUCACUGCCCAGGUGACUGACUCGCCUGCUGAUGCCAUUGACCAAGCAGAAGGAGGGCGUUCUACCUCCCUCUCUCUGGAUGGUGAAUCUCCUGGAUUCUGGAACCUGAUUCCCUCGCUUUUUGACUCGAUCUUCGUGGUCUUUGAUGGUGUUAAUGCCUCCGAAGCCGCACUGAAGAAGAUGCUCGUCCAUUUUGGAGUAAAUAAUUGUCAGAAUUCUGGUGUGCGCAUUCUCAUAAUCAGUCGUUACCCGCCACCCCGUUCACUUCUCCGAACCUACGAGCUGCCAACCAUAGUAAUGAGGGCACACGAGGAUGAUCUCAUGGCUUACAUGGUGCACGAAAUUGGAGAUGUAUCAGCCGAGAAAACCCCAUCCUCAAUACCCAAAGAUAUCAGUGGAACUAUGGUCAAUGUCAUAGAAAUGUUGGACGGCGCAUUUCCACCGCUACCUCAGCACAGAGAUAUCUCAGAGACAUUGGAUGAACUAGUUCAGGUUCUAUCUAACCAGUCCCCUUCAACAAAGCACAAGGCGCUUAGCCAGCUAGCAUUGGCUCAUGUAGCAAAGGCAGAACACGGACAAAAUACCUUUCAGGUGCUCUACCUAGUGUCCGCACUGGAAGAACUAGGCUACACACCGACAAUAUCCCAGGUUGUGGACUUCCUACCGUUUCUCGGCAUACAUAAAACAGAGGAUAGUUAUUACACCUCCGACGACAUCGCAAGUAUGUGUGCUGGCUUGACCACCUUCAGUAUUUGCAUCAAAGCGAUGCGAAUCCAGUCCUCUAUUCUGCAGACUCAUCUACGUGAAGAAGCUUCCAAAAACAACACCAAAGGGAAGAUGCUUCGUGCCGCCAUGUCCUACCUAGUGCAGGAAGACUUCCAAAGCGGAGCUUGCAGUUCAUCUACGAGUCUAAAGCAGCGAUUUCAAGCCCAUCCUUUCCUGCCCUUCGCGGCACGAAUACUAUCAGUCUAUACCUCCAGAGUACCUGACCGAGAGGAAGCGCUUGACGCCUUCCUCCGAUUCGCAUCUCACCGCGGCUCCAUUGACUCCUACCUUCAGGCAGCAGGGGCCUGGCCGUAUCAGGAUGAUGACAGCUAUGAUGAGCUUGAGAGGUCUGAGCGGCGAUGGACGUAUUUCCCGCGUGGCUAUGGACCGCUCCAUGUUGCUGCGCAUAUUGUGGGUGGACGGGUCUUUAUCAAGGCGCUACUCCAACAGGGCGAGGACAUAGAGGCAAAAUCAAAGAACGGGCAGACGGCGUUGCAUAUUGCUGCAGGUGUUGAAGAUGAGUCCGAAACGGCGAGGACCCUUCUUGAGCAUGGGGCAAACGUGUCGGCAGUUGAUAUCGGUACAGAGACGCCGCUGUCGAUUGCUGUUGUCGAGGGGGGUCUGGAGACGGUAAAGCUACUUGUCGAGUAUGGUGCUGAUGUUCGGAGUCUUGAUGCAUCUGUGCUUGAGGAAUGUGCUGAGAGGCGAGAUAUUGCUGAGUAUUUGACUGGUAUGAGCGUGGAUUUGCCAGAUGUUGAGGAAGAGGGUGAGGAGGAAGAUGAUUAUCUAUGA